AAUACAAGAGCUAUUUCCUGUGUGCGAUCAUUUGUCGCUGUUGUCUCUUUGGUUUGGCUUGUGCGUGUUUGGUGUUAUUUACCGUGUUGUGUGUUCAUGAGGACCACAUCGGUUUUGUCAACAUGACGCAGCUUCUGAGGCGUGUAGACGUUCGCGGGAACGUGUGACUAGCGAUGUCCGUCUAGGACGGGGAGACCAAAAUAUGUCCAGCUCGGACACGGAUCCGACGGACGGCGUCCGAUGUCCGGAGGCCGACUGCGGACAGCACGGCGACGCCGACGCUGCCGAGGGCUCCAGCGCUUCGGCCGCGACUCAGACCGAGGAGAAGACGCCCGCUGGAGUGCGACAGAAGUUGAGGACCCUGACGUUCGGCCGUCGUCGAAGCAAGAACGCGACGACGUCGUCAUCGGCGGGUGCCGCCGCUUCCACCAAUGAACAGCCUUCGUCCCGCGAUUGCAAGCCGGCGCGGAAAGGCGGUUGGGGUUUCAAGCUCGGAUGUAGAUCGCGACGCACGGCGUCGUCUGCCACUGAUCCCGUCGCCAGCGACCACCCUACGGGCUGUCCGAUAUGCAUCUGCACCGGGUACCGCCGUACCGAGGAGCGAAGCGUCGACACCGACGCCACCGUGCGGGUGACGCCGCCGCGCAGUCAUGGCAAGUUCGCCUGCAACCCGGACGGCAAGUACCGAGGCGACGAGUACCAGGUGGACGACUGGGACGAGAGGGCUCGCAAGGAGCGAGCCCGCGAAAUUGAAGAGGGAGUCGACCCUCCCCCCGGAUUCCGUAGCGACGGUCGACCUUCAACCUCUUCUUCGUGCUCUUCUUCCUCCGAGGAACAGCCGAGGGCUGCGGCGGUACCCUCUCCACAGCCUCUUCAACAACACCUUCCCGAACUAGCCCUCGCUCUUCGCAACCAACUCAGCUUCGCCAGUGGCGGCAACCCCGAGAGCCUCUCCCUUCCGUGGGAGGUCCUCAGCCAGAUCUGGGACGUGGCACCGCAGGUCCACACCCAGGUCGACUACAUGCACUGCCUGGUUCCCGACCUUCUGGGCAUCACCUCGUGCGGCUUCUACUGGGGCAAGAUGGACCGGUACGAGGCCGAGCGGCUGCUGGAGAACAAGCCCGAGGGCACCUUCCUGCUCCGUGACUCGGCCCAGGAGGAGUACCUGUUCUCGGUGAGCUUCCGGCGGUACGGCCGCUCGCUGCACGCUCGCGUCGAGCAGUGGAACCACCGAUUCAGCUUCGACUCGCACGACCCGGGCGUGUUCUCGUCGCGCACCGUGUGCGGGCUCGUUGAGCACUACAAGGACCCGUCGUGCUGCAUGUACUUCGAGCCCAUGCUCACGCGGCCCCUGCACCGGACUUUUGUCUUCUCGCUGCAGCACUUGGCACGCGCGGUCAUCUGCUCCUGCAUCGCGUACGACGGCGCUGCCAAGCUGCCACUGCCACGCAGCCUCAAGAGCUACCUGCGCGAGUACCACUACAAGCAGAGGGUGCGGGUGCGCCAGAUCGAGGAUGGGGGCACCACGGUGCAGGACUUUGGGCCGGGCACCGGCCGUGGAUACGGGCUUCUGGGUGCCUCCGCGCUUAACGGCUGCCACAUAAACCCAGACGUUGGUUGACGUCGUUGUUGCGUACAGCUCCGAAGGUCCGGACAAUGACGUUGUGCUAGUUAGGUUCAGCCAGUCACCGUUUGCAGGUGACCAUAGUUCAGUUGAUGAUACAAACGUUGCCUAGAAGCGAACUUUAGGAGGUUAGCAUCUUGGACCAGUUGGCAAAGGCAUACGGGGUCCGUCCGUAAAGUAAUGAAACUGGGUCUGGUAAAAAUAAAUUUAUUGAUCCAAUCCGUACAUAUUAUUUAACUUCUUCAAGAUAGUUUCCUUGGGCAUCAAUGCACCAAUUACAAUGCAAUUCCAUUGUUGCAAAGGUUCCCUGAAAGUCAGUUGCUACGACCUCUCUCGGAGACUCUGCGACAGCCCAUUGGAUGGUGGAAACACUGUCGAAACGGUUACUUUUCUGGCUUCUCUUGAGCUUUGGGAACAGGAAUAAGUUCACUGGGAUUGCAUCAGGGCUGAUGCAGCCCUGAUAUAGCAGCAUCGGAAUCGUGUUGUAUCGCCCAAGGAAACAAUUUUGAAAAUUUUAAAUAAUACGUACUGAUCGGAUCGGUCAAGUCCUUUUUACCAGACCCAGUCUCGUUACUUCACGGACAGACCCUGCAUAUUACACUAAAGGAAACGGGAGUGGGAAUUGACAGGACCACAGAUGAGGCAGUGGGGACAGGAGAGCACCUGUCUGCCAAGUUUCACGUCGUUUCCUUUAGCCAGAAGAUGUCGAGUUGGCGAGCACUUGCCUCGCACGACAGGACUGCUCGUUUUGAAGAUCUGUUACCAUGCAACAGCUCGUCUGAAUCCUUUUUUGGGCCAGUGUACGAGCUAUCGAACAAUAUUUUACAUUCUCCGCAGGUGCCUUCCACAGUUACAGGUGCCAACUUUACGCUUUGAAACGGCAAACGUGAAAUGGAAAAAAAGAUCAAUUUAACUUUAUAUGUAGUUCAUUUUAGAAACCUUAUAUAAUGUAGUGGCCGUGAAAUUGAUAUUGUGCUGGGUAUGUUUGAGGAAAAAAGAAAGCAAGAGAACCUGUAAAGGUGAAUAUGUAUUUUAGCGCUGUCAUCGUGUGGAGAAAGUUCCAUUGCUGCCACCAGUUCACCACAUUUUGGCAAGGUUCUGAAAAUUUGUGGCACAUAUUGGGUACCCCACUGUCCAUGUAAUAACUUAAGUGCGGCUAUUCCAAAUGUCGUGCACCGAGCUUCUAAAAAAAAUAGGUGCGUCAUGCUACGUGUUAACAUGCAUAUUGAUUUUUUCAGUUUUUUUGUGUUAGUCACAGUGUCGGGGCAUAAAAGUUCCGGUGGUGUCUGCACACUUUGUUCCGGUGAUGUCUGUGCACGCGUCACACUUUUUCUAGAACAAGUCUCCGGUGAAUCGAGUGCUGACAGUCUGGGCUGCCAUUCUGUAGGAAUUCCUUUCUACUGUGCUCUACGCCAGUCAUACCAUCCGCAGCUCACAACCAACUGGUUGAUUCCGGUGAUAACGUGGACGACUCGUUGCUCUGACGAGUGUCGAAGAAUGCUAAUUUGUUAGUGUGGCAAGAGGCAAGUCUACAAAAUAUCAGCCCAAACUGUUGUCUGCUUGGUUGAAUCGCUCGGUAACCAGGCGCACGUGACCACUUUUGCGAUUCAGCACGACAUUCUCAUGUUCUUGGCCAACUUCUAACACUUGAACGUUGCACCAUGAUUGACAUUGCUGUUUCUGUAUGACUGAUAAGAUCACUGAGGAAAUUAAUGGCGGCAGCACUUCGAAGGGUUUUUCUUAACUGAAAAUUGUAAAAAUGCAUGAUAAUUUAUUUUACUGGCUUUUAUUUUUGCAUAUUGAACAUGCACAUAUGGCUGAAAAUGCAUUUGUCUUUUAAACCAUUUGUGACUUCAAUGGUACCUGUAGCUGGGUAUACUCCGUUUCGCACAUAGCAAGCAACAUUGCAGAUGCUACGCAAGUUCUGCAGCCUCGCGGAUCUCUCUUCGGGUGUUUUGUGGCCCAGUUCUCAAAUCUGUAAUAUUUUCUACAAAAUGAAUUGUAUUCAUGCAUUAUGACUACAACUUUUUUUGGUGAAAGUUUACGUCAAACUGCACGCCGCUUGCAGUGUGUUUGCGCUUUCCAUAGGCAACGCGUUUUUUUCUUGUCACGAGCGUAAAUGAUGCACAAAACGCUGUGCUGGCUUAGGGGCCCCGAGCCGUUGUUCUGAUAAGUUUGAAGAUGUGGGUUCGAUUGCCGACCACGGCGGCCGCAUCUCAACAGGGUCGAAAUGCGGAAACACCCACAUGCUAUAUACUAUCGCGCUCAGUAUGAGCUACAUUACGCGAGCGCGUGGCCGAACGCCCUGCAAGGUUGUGCAGUUGCGCCUAUCAUGGCAUAUUUUUGAGUUAUUGGGAGAGAGUGUGGCUGUGCCUGCGAGCGCGCGUCUCCUCCACUUGCUUUCACCCUUGCUCUCGUUUUGCCCUGCGGUGAUAUCAGCUGCGAAAAUGAUAACUUCGAGGGUGAAAGCAAGCAAGUGGGGGCGAUGCGCACUCGCAGGGACAGCCUAACUCUCUCCCAAUAACUUGAAAAUAUGCCAUAAUCGGCGCAACUGUACAACCUUGCAGAGCGCUCGCCCACGCGCUCGCGUGAUGUAGCUCAUACUGAGCGCGAUAGUACAUGUUCACGUUAAAGAAACCCCAGGUGGUCAAAAUUUAUUUGGAAGCUCCCUACUUAAGUGUGCCUCAAAUAACCUCCCCAGAAUGACUCGCUGCGACUGCUUAUCGCAGAAACUCAUUGUUCCGAUCGUUUUGACGGUGAAUAAGCUCUAUCUCCGAUUCCUUUCGUCUGAUGAGUACGUCAUAACUACUGACGUAAAAGUAAGAGGCUUGACUUUACAUUGAAUUAUGUAGCACAGGCCUGCCCGAUAUACUAUGCAUCUGUCCAGAUCACUUUGUUACAUUAAAGUAAGUAACACUUCUUGAUUGUGGAUGGAAAUGGCAAAAAAAGCCUCUCUAGCCUUUGAGCGUUUCAUGCUAUAUGUGAAGCGGAGUAUAGUCAUAUGGUUUUUAUGUUUUAUUACCGCCAUAGCCAAGAGGGGGAGGGAGUAUGUAGUACACCCACACAAAGGUGGAAAACUUACCCCCCACCUCCCUUGGAAUAAAGCUACGUGCCUUGUCUUUUGUGUAAUUUUGACAGCUCUAUUUCGGUUUAUGAAUAAGCAUUAAAUAGCAUCUUGCUGAAAAUGAGUUAUUUAAAUCAGUUAAUCGUCGUUAAAAAAUUGCCAGUGGAUCCUCAACUGUACUGUGAACAAUGACUCUGUGGACCUGUUUUGCAAAAUUAUCCAUCUUUUUUUGAGAAUUGGUAGUCUGUUAAUAUAUAUAUAUAUAUAUAUAUAUAUAUAUAUAUAUAUAUAUAUAUAUAUAUAUAUAUAUAUAUAUAUAUAUGACCAUUAUUUUGAAAUGGAGUAUACUACCUAGAUGAGAUAGGUCCUAGAGUCUGACACUGAAUUGGAACUCCCUGCCUCCAUUCUUGGUGAUUCCUGGCAACUCCUUGGUGCACUCUUCGUAUAUGUUUGUUUUUAUUGAGGUGCAGUGUCUACAUCGUUAAUGGUACGGAAAUGAUUUCUUAAGAAUAUGGAAUGUUUUCAUUUUCUGCAGUUGUCCGCUUCUUGCGCUAUUGGAACGGACACAAAAUUUUCUGGAAUGACAGAAACAGAAUGUGAAAAAGAAAUGAUCAGUCAAGAUACUACUCCAGUUGGGCUUGCCAAGCCACACUUAAUGACUGAAGUGCACUGAAGAGUUUUUGUGGCGAAAACUAUUCUUUGCUAAUGAAACGGAUGUUAUUAGCUUACAUUUGUUGGUUGCCCUCAAGUUCCUCAUUGUAAGCGCGAUCUGGUUCAGUGUUGGAUAUGUAACACGUCUCGGGCGUUUAUAGUGUCAAAGGACCAGUCACCAGAGGACUUUCUUUAAAGGUGCACCGCAACACUUUCUCGAACGUAGUCGGAAACAUUGCCGAUCUGCAGUCAAGGCUCCUGCAAACGUGCGAGCCAAAUAAUAUUGCACUGCAUGUGGCGAGGAAUUUACUGUUUCAUGUCAAAUACAACAAGACAUUGUUUGCUCUCCCCUCGGUAAAUUACGCAGCAGGCGAGCAUGACAGGUGUUUGCCGAUUUCACCAACUAUGCUUGCGCUUGACGGAUUUGGAAAAAUACUUAGUUCUGAGAUUCACGAGGCAACGGUGACCAUUAAUAAGGUCAUUUGACAGUGCUAACUUUGAGAGGUGCUGCAGGACCAUUUCAUAAAUGCAUGCACAAGACGAAGAAGUAACAGUGCUAUCCUGCUCAAGCGCGUAGAUAAAAAAAAGUGUGCUUCGAUUAACGUAAACCUGAGUUGCGACCAUACCGAUGAAGUUUUGUGUCGUGUUAACGUGGUGGAGAUCUUCUAACAAGGAUGCAGACGAAAUGCGCAUUAUUUUGCUUUGUGUCCAAUUUCACUUAUUAAUAGAGAAGGACGGAAGAUCUACUCAAUGAGACACCGAAACGUGUAAUAAGAGUGAGCCAAAGUGUUGCUAGCUUUCGCCACCACAUUUCACGCUCACCAUUUCGUGACAUGACGACGACUGCGGUUGUCCGCUAGCUGGGUAGAGCUGAUAGUGCACGCGAGCACACGGCUCUUCAGGAGGAUGCUGAACAGAAAAACGUGCUUUGGUUUCAGACUAAUCAAUUCUUUGAGAACUGUAUUUUCUAGUGGUGGGAACGGUAAUCGUAAUGCACUUACUGUAGUGAGCUCCUUGCUAGUGCAUUGAAAUAUUCAUUGCGAGAAGAGAAAAUUCGUGAAGAACAAGCUUGCAUUUCUUGGAUUUCGAUACGUCGUCGUGAUGUUGCGAAUUUCAAAUUUCUGGGAACUCUUCCGGUUUUUGAGAAAGUAGCAACCGUUUGGCAAGUGUGGUCUCUUGUUCAUUUGGAACACAACUUGGCCAGUUUUUACUUGUGAAUGCUGAACUAGGCACAUAAUAAUACGUUCAAGGUUCAUUACAUCACUGCAAGAAGAUGGGAAACAUUUAAGCAAGUGUUGACACCCUUCUUUCAUUUACGUCUAUUCACACUUUUCAGGCCCCCAUCUCCCGGUAACAUGUGACUUCUUUUAUAUUGUAAAACCACAUUUUACGUUAAUACUGCUCAACCUACUCUGUUCGCUUCAUUGUUUCUUUUAAAAUGAAAAAUAGAUUGAGGGCCUGCUGUUGGCACGAACCAUUUGCUCAGAGCUCCUCAACGUCCUCGUGCGUUUACCCGACUUAUUUUUUUUUAUUUUAUUUUAAUCGGUGGUAGUAUAAGAGCUUGUGGUGACACACUUUGCUCACGAAUGUCCAUCUUUUAAAGAGUUGUCGCUAGCUCAACUAUUUCGUUAUCGUGUGUAUAGUUAAACAAGAUUACCUAUCUGCGCGUUUUAUUUCAUUGUAUAUUGAAUGUGCCUGUGCUCUGCUUGCAAAACUUUGUGGAAUGUAAGUUGGCGCGGCAAAGAGUUGAGGAAACGGUUCCGGCAAGGAGCCGCGUUGUGGCUACGUGCCGAGUGCAAAAAAAGAAAUUGCUUUUGAUACACGGUUCGUUAGUGGAAGCAAUGUAGAAAUUGUUUUCUUAGCUGUGUGAAAGUAUUGAUUGCUUGAAUUAAGAUGCAUAUACAAUUUCACGUGGUUCCAUGGAGCCAUAGCUGUAAACAACAAGAACAAGGAUUUGUCUAUAUAACGCUUGUUAUUUAUUGUCCUGUUGCGUCUUGUACAUUAUACAGUUCGUCGGAAUACCUUUUUUUACCCUCUGUACAUAGUGUAAGUAAUGUCCCUAGCACCCUGUCCAGUCUGCGUGCUGAAUUGUUUCCCCACAUGUAUUUCACUGCUCACAUUUGUUAAUUAUUCAUGAUUGUAAAAAAAAAAAAAAUAAAGUUGGAAGAUACCA